GUCACGGGGCCGCGUCACGCGGGCGGCCGCCAAGAUGGCGAAGGUGUCCGAGAUGUACGACGUGACUUGGGAAGAUAUGCGUGAUAAAAUGAGGAAAUGGAGGGAAGAAAACUACCGAAACAGUGAACAGAUAGUGGAUGUUGGAGAAGAGUUAAUUAAUGAGUAUGCAUCUAAACUUGGAGAUGACAUUUGGAUAAUAUAUGAACAGGUGAUGAUUGCUGCCCUGGACUGCAGUCGAGAUGAUUUGGCAUUGUUUUGUCUUCAGGAACUAAGGCGGCAGUUUCCUGGGAGCCACAGAGUUAAACGUUUAACUGGAAUGCGAUUUGAAGCUAUGGAAAGGUAUGAUGAUGCUAUCCAGUUAUAUGAUAGAAUUUUACAAGAAGAUUCAACUAACACAGCAGCAAGAAAGCGUAAGAUUGCCAUUCGAAAAGCUCAAGGGAAAAAUCUUGAGGCCAUCCGAGAGCUGAAUGAGUAUCUGGAACAAUUUGUUGGAGACCAAGAAGCUUGGCAUGAACUUGCAGAACUUUACAUCAAUGAACAUGAAUAUGCAAAGGCAGCCUUCUGCUUAGAGGAGCUUAUGAUGACUAAUCCACACAACCACUUAUACUGUCAGCAAUAUGCUGAAGUUAAAUACACUCAAGGGGGGCUUGAAAACCUUGAGCUAUCAAGAAAGUAUUUUGCACAAGCACUGAAGCUUAACAACAGAAAUAUGAGAGCUUUGUUUGGACUUUACAUGUCUUCCAGCCAUAUUGCUUCCAAUCCAAAAGCAAGUGCAAAAAUGAAAAAAGAUAAUAUGAAAUAUGCCAGCUGGGCAGCUAAUCAAAUAAAUAGAGCAUACCAGUUUGCAGGUCGCAGUAAGAAAGAAACUAAAUACUCUUUGAAGGCAGUGGAAGACAUGUUGGAGACUCUGCAAAUAACUCAGUCUUAGGUUGGGGGAGAGAUUCAAUAUUAAACUUUAAAACCUAUGAUCAACCUGUAAUGAACAACCUGUGGGUUAUGUUAAUCUAGUGUUGUUAAAAGAUAAUUUUGUACUAAUUAUCACACUAUCUAAAAUAAUGUUUUAUGAAAAAUAAAAUUCUUAUUUAUUGCUUGUACAAGAAAUGUGAUGAAUACCAACUGAAGUAACUUAUCCAUGAAGACAACAUAAAGAACUUACAUGCUGCACACCAGACUCUUUGGAUUUUUGUAUCUACAGUAGCUGCUUUUAAGCCAUAAUUUGUAGAAAUAAACUUGUUAAAUUAUU